AUAUUGAUUAUUAUCAAAUGAUGGGUUGUGCAAAUGUUGCAGAAGUGACUGAAGAUGAACUUGAGCGACUUGAGAUGUUAGAGGAUCUUCUUUCUUAUCCUCCUCGUUUCAGGAUACAGUUUAUAGCAGAUGCAGUAGUGGAAAGGAGUGAAAAGGUGACUGUUCGAUUCAAUCAAGUUCAUCCUCUAGUAAAAAAUACAAUUCUGUUAAAUGCUUCUCUAGAAUUACCUCUUUCUCCAUCCCCAUCUGCAACUAGUACUAGGUCCAGCAUUCAUCUAAUGACAUAUGCAAAUGAUUUGUUGCUUGGAGACUGUCUAUAUAUUAUUGCAAGUGAAGGAGAUUUAGGGAAGAAAUGGUUUGAUUUUGGAUACAGAUUAGGUCUAACUUAUGGUCAGCUUCAAGAUAUUGAAUUGACAAGCAUUGAUUUUACUCAAUGCACCAGGAAAGUCAUAAUUCACUGGAGAGAUCAGAAUAAAUCAAAAUCCUGGGAACCUUUAGCAGAGGCUCUUGCUAAAAUUGGGUUUCAAGAUUUAGCGCACAGAGUCAAAGAUAAUUUUAAUUCACCUUCUGUGCUUGAAUCAAAACCUGAAGAUAAAGAAGGUCACUAUAAGGGAGUUUAUUGUAAUCUCUGUGAUCAAUACCAUCUUAAACCUGAAGAUAUUCAACAAGAAGUGCCAAACAUUGACUCUCCUCCUGAUAUGGUUGACCUUGUUAACUUAGUAGCAGCUAGGAUCCCAAACAAGUUUUAUCAAUUUGGAACAGCAGUUCGUAUAAAUGAUGGGUACUUGAAAAGUCUCUAUGAUGCUUAUCAUGAUCCCAUGGAUAGAUUCACUGCUGUUCUAAAUAGAUGGAGUGACAAUGAUCCUGACACAUACACAUGGAGUACUGUCAUUAAGGUACUUCAGUCUCAUGCUAUUGGAGCUUAUGCAGUAGCUCAAGAUGUUAAAAAGCAUCUUACUACUAUUGCAGAGGCGGCUGAGCAUACUCCAAACUAAUGCAUA